AUUGACAUAAACAGUUGUUUAUCGUAUGUUAUGCCUUAGUCUGGAAAAAAGCAACUAAAGCGUCAAAUGUCAAAGUCAUUCUUUGUUUUUAUUUGAUCGAUAGGUGUAUAUUUAUUUUACGCGUGAGUUCGAUAACCUAAUCAUGACUUCAGAUGGAAAUCCCAUACCUCCACCCGUGCUAUGGGCGCAGAGAAACUCGUGUGUUUUAUUAACAAUUAACGUCGAAUGCGAAAAACCAGUCAUUAAAUUCGAUAAGAAAACUAUCUCGUUUAAAGGCCUGUGUCAGCCUAGCAACAAGUUACAUGAAAUUGAAAUCAAUUUGUAUGCAGAGAUAGAUCCUGAAAAAAGCACUUACGUUAGCAAAGGAAGACUUAUAGAUGUGUACUUGGCUAAAGAGAAAAAUGAUCAACCAUUCUGGCCUUCACUAACUAGUGAUAAGAAAAAGCAUCAUUGGCUUAAAGUUGAUUUUAACCGCUGGCAGGAUGAAGAUGACAGCAAUGAUGACAUUGAUGAUAUGAACGACAUGUUUUCAAAUAAACUAGGGGAUUUCGGUGAUGAAAAUGAAACAGAUGAUACUAGUUCUGCUGAAGACGAGGAUCUCCCUGAUGUCAAGUAAUUUGGACAAUUUUUAAAAAGCCAAAUAAGAAAGUAUUGUAAGCAAUGUAAUUUUAUUUACAGAAUUACGUAUAUGUAUAUUGUGUUUUUAAGAAUAAUGUUAUAAAUAAUGAAUUAUGUUAUAAUAAUUUUCAAGCAUAUUAAUCAGACACAUUGCUUAAUCUUUCAACCUGUGUCAUUCAACAAAACUUAUUAACAAAUGAAAUAGUUUAAAGCAAGAAAUGAUGACAAUAGAUUUUUCAAACAUUAAUUAUUUUUAAUGUUUAAAAAGACCUGUUGGCAUUUUAGCAAAGAAGAAAACAUUCUUUAACAUUGUCAUCUAGUUGGUCAUACAGAAGACAUUAUUUGGUUUGUACAGCUCAAUGUGUCCAGUUUUUUUUUAAGAUUGUGGGCUCUGUCUAUCCCAUAAGGGAUAAAGAUGUGCCACCUCUGCCCUAUAAACUAGACAAUCAGAUAUUUUUACAAUUUCUGUAUCCUAAUAAUAAUGUUUUAUUUUAUCUAUCUAUGCAAUGGUUUAGUAUGUGGCAUUCCUUUAGUAUGUACCACCACAAUGAAAAAUUUAUCAUUACUAUAGUUAUAUAUAGAUAUUGACUUGUAGUUUUAAUAUGUAUGUGAACUUUAAUUCAGUUUGUGUUUAUUUUUUACUAAUUGGUAAUUGAAUAUUUUCACUGGCUAGUUUUCUUUUGAUCCAAUCACACUUAGGCGAUGUCUAAUAUACCCAUAUUGGAAUAUAGUAAGGUAGGUUUUAUAUUAUAUACUUACCCAGUUAUACCAUGUCCAUUCAUUUAUUUAUUUUUUUGUCAUCUACUAUGUUCUACGUAACUCAGUGGCAAUAAAUUUUUAAAUACAUACAUACAUACAUACAAUCACGCCUCUUUCCCGGAGGGGUAGGCAGAGACUACCUCUUUCCACUUGCCACGAUCUCUGCAUACUUCUUUCGCUUCGUCCACAUUCAUAACUCUCUUCAUACAAGCUCGGCGGUUUCGGGUACUUUUGACCUGACCCUUUACCAGGACGUCCUUAAUUUGAUCAAGAUACGUUCGUCUAGGUCUUCCCACUCCGACCUUUCCCUCCACACUCUCCUUGUAUAUCUGCUUAGUCAACCUGCUUUCAUUCAUCCUCUCCACAUGACCGAACCAUCUUAACAUACCCUUUUCUAUUCCUGUAACUACAUCUUCUUUCACAUCACAACAUUCCCUUAUCACGCUGUUCCUUAUCCUGUCACUCAAUUUCACACCCAUCAUACUCCUUAACGCUCUCAUUUCCACUGCAUUUAUUCUGCUUUCAUGCUUCUUUUGCCAUACCCAACUUUCACUCCCAUACAUUAAUGUCGGGACCAACACGCCCCUGUGCACAGCCAGUCGAGCCUUUUUGGAUAGUUUCUGACUGCUCAUAAAGGCAUGCAAAGCUCCAUUCACCAUGUUCCCCGCGUUCACUCUCCUUUCAAUAUCACUAUCAUACUUGCCAUCUGAUGUAAACUUUGAUCCUAGAUAUACAAACUCUUUCACUUGCUCCACUUUUUCUCCUCCAAUCAAAAUAUUACAUGCUGUCAUUUCUUUCUCCAUUUCAAAAACCAGUGUUUUAGUUUUACUUACGUUCACUUUCAUUCCUUUCUCCUUUCUUUUAAAUACAUUGUUGAAAAAUAUUCAGAUUUUAUAAUCACAGUUAUCUCCUAACAUUGUUACUUAUUAAAUGCUUUUAAAUGUCUCCAA